UAAAAAGGGGCGUGAGAAUAUAAAACCCAGUAUCGCCGUGUACUGUUUUUGUACCUUCCACACGUUUAGCCCAUACAGCCCACGGUCACCAUCUGCUGCUCCCGAAGCAGAGGCUCAUACAACGGCGUCAAGCCUGGAGCUUUAACGACAACAACGGGGUUUCCCGUUUAAAGCGCCACGGUACGCGAGACAUUGGAUUAGCUGAGUGUAGUCGACCACUGUAGCUAAGACCACCGUUGUUGCCGCCAGCCCAACAGUCAAAAUGGUGCAGAACAAGAUCACCGAAGUUACCGGAUUUCAUCGCUCUUUUAAGGGGCAAAAUCCCUUUGAAUCUGAGGAAUUUUCCAAAACCGGAUCCAAUCUUCUUGACACGGCCUUCAAUUUUGAUUGUUCCCCCCGACACGACAUACCAUCCAGUCGGCCCAUCGACAUCCCCGAUGCCAAAAAGAGAAACAAGAAGAAGAAAAGAUGCCGAGCAACAGACAGCUUCUCAGGGCGAUUCGAAGAUGUAUAUAAACUGCAGGAUGAGGUGUUGGGGGAAGGAGCCUAUGCCAGGGUCGAGACCUGCAUCAGCCAAAUCACCCAUAAAGAAUAUGCUGUGAAGAUAAUUGAGAAAAGGCCAGGACACAGCAGGAGUCGUGUUUUUAGAGAGGUGGAAAUGCUGUACCAGUGCCAGGGCCACAGAAAUAUUUUGGAGCUAGUGGAGUUCUUUGAGGAAGAGGACAAGUUUUACCUCGUGUUUGAGAAACUGAGAGGAGGCUCCGUAUUGGCUCACAUUCACAAGAGGAGAUACUUCAGCGAGCAGGAAGCCAGCAUUGUGGUGCAGGACAUUGCGAGUGCCCUGGACUUCCUUCACAACAAAGGUAUGGCCCACAGAGACUUGAAACCUGAAAACAUCUUGUGUGAAUAUGAAGACCGGAUUUCACCUGUUAAGAUCUGCGAUUUCGAUCUGGGCAGCGGUAUUAAACUUAACAGCGAUAGUUCACCCAUCUCCACUCCAGAGCUCCUCACUCCAUGCGGAUCUGCUGAAUACAUGGCUCCCGAAGUGGUGGAGGCUUUCAACGAGGAAGCCACCAUCUACGAUAAGCGAUGUGACCUGUGGAGCCUGGGUGUCAUUCUGUACAUCAUGCUGAGCGGGUACCCUCCCUUCGUGGGACGCUGUGGAAGCGACUGUGGUUGGGAGAACGGAGAACCUUGCCAAGCGUGUCAGAAUACCUUGUUUGAAAGCAUCCAGGAGGGCAAAUAUGAGUUUCCAGAAAAGGAGUGGGCUCACAUUUCCUAUAGCGCCAAAGACCUCAUUUCCAAACUGCUUGUACGGGACGCUAAGAAACGUCUCAGUGCCGCUCAGGUUCUCCAGCAUCCUUGGGUACAAGGGUGCGCUUUUGACUGUCUCCCCUCGUCCAUCUUGCCUCAAAGGAAUAGCAGCACUAAGGACUUGACCUACUUUGCGGGCAAGGCAGUUGCCAUGAACCGUCAACUGGCCGAACAGGACGACUGGAAAGAUCAACAGCAUCAGGACUCUCCUCAGGUCGUCACGACCAGUGCCUCAUCUAUGCGUCUCUCCCCUCCCUCCAACUCCAAACUGGCCAAGCGGAGACAAAGGAGCAGCCUGCUAAAGGGAGCACCCGUGUCGGCCUCCGAACUCAGGCAGCUCCUGGCACCGCUGGUCAUCGUAGGGGACUGCGCUUGAUCGUUUGAACUUUGCUUUCAUAUGGACAAACCAAGUCUCUUCUACCUUUGUGCGAACUUCCCCUUCCUUGGUCCAAUUAAAUGAUACCAGACUCUUUCCUAAACACUGAUUUGGUCACAAAUUUAGUGUGCAAAUGCUUCUAAAGCACUUCCAUCAGCACUGGGAACGUCGAUCUCCUUCAUGGCUCGAGGAAAAUGACCCAAAUUAAGUUUUUAGGAUAGAGACUGGGUGACAUGAGGCAUUUUUUUAGAGCAUGAAACACCAGCUCUUACACACCAAAGGUCUAAUACCCAUACCCAAACCUCCUUCUGUGCUGCUUCCACGUUACAACUGGAUUCACUGUGAAUUUUCUCUGUGAGAGAUGAGUGCAUUUGCUUCAGGAAUGUUCCUCCUGUAUGCGUGUGCGCGUUUUACUCCCCUCCCCUUCUGCGGAUACUGAAGAUGCUCGGUCAAUGCUGAUGAAGGCUAUUAUGAGUCGCAUUAUUUUAUCGUCUAAGUGGACAGAAGUUCUGUUAAUAGUGCCUCACCUCGCUAGUAUGUACCCACCCACAGCCUUUUUAAUUCAUUUUAUUUACGAAAAAUCCCUGAUCGUUAGGAAUAGCAGUCACUUACCCAGAGUGUUUACUCCUCCUUUGUAGUUGAAUCAUUUAUUUAAAAAGCCAGAUUGCUACACGUCGUCUUUUUAUGUAAGCUUUCAUCUUGCAAACUUGGACUUGGCACGUUACAUGCAUCCCAAUCAAUGUCCAGGAAACCACUGUGGUUUUCAGUAACUGAACUUGUCACCAAAAAUCUUAUCAGUAGCUGAUAAGUGCGUGAAAACUUUUGUGAGCACAAUAAGGUUAUAGUACACGCUGAAAGGCAACCAGGUGGUUUAACAAGCACACGUUUGCCAGGAUGAUCAGAUGAAUGACGACGGCUGAAAUCAGGGAGUGAAGGCUUGGAGAGGGGACAGUGGUGGUACGCAGAUAUAAAAAAACAUCUUGCAAAUGCUGCCGAAAAGCGAUUUAUAAAUAUUAGGAGGGGAGGGAGAGAAUAUUUUCUAAAAACAAAAAUCUAUAUAAAAAAAUUAAUGGAAAAGCAUUCCAGGAAAAAGUAUUUAAAAUUCAACAAAAAAAGUCUUCCGAGAAAAUGUAGCUGUAUGAGUGAAAUGGUUUAAGAAAGUUUACUUUGUUUUUUAUAUGUUAAUGGUUGACUCCAGUUCAGAUGUUUCAAACUUCGUUUAACUUUUCAUUGAAAGAAUAUUAUCUUCAACCUUAUUUUUUAAAAAGGUGCUGUUCAGGUGGAACGUUAUAUAUUUUUUUCUUUUUUAUAAUUUUUGUUACUUAUUGAUUUAUAUGCUGUAGAGAAAGGGGGCGAGAGAGAGCGUGUGCGAGAGAGAGAGAGAGAGAGCGAGAGAGAGAGAGAGAGCGCGCAUGUGCGAGGGCGUGUAUAGAACAAAGUCGGAGAAACCGAAGGAUAAAGAUGAGAGAAGGAGCCUGAUACUCAGUGGAGAUCUGAUCUAAUGUUUUUGUUCUUUCGAAGUGACUUUAGGGUUGUUUAAACUCCCCGUUUCUCUCCGUAAUGCUUGACCGUUUUAGCGUGAGAUGCAACAAAUUUUGCCAAAGUGCACUCAUCUCUAAAAUCUAAUGCUAUGAGUUAUGCGGGUGUCUGGGAGUGCUGAUCUUGAAUCGGAUUUAGCCAUUUACAUCUUAAUUCAUAAGAGCCUCCAGACUGCGUUGAGACGAGCAUAGAUCACUAUCGUCCCCCUUACGUGAGACGUAAGGGUGCACAAAGCAUUCGGACCCAGAGGUCUGGAUUAAGGUUUGUGAAAUCAAGCAUUAGUAUCAUCAUUGGGAGUUUAAAUUGCCCAAGCACAUGAUCCUGUUGAAUGUUUUCGACGCAUCACCAGUUCUGUUGUGCGAUGCUCUGAAAUAUAUGAAACCUAAUGGCAGUCCUUGGUUUUGAAGGACCCAUUAUGCUGAUUAUUAUGACACUGAUUGUAACCUUUAUUGAUUUUUUUUUUCUUUAAUGUUUUUACAGAUGCAUCUUUUGUGGGUUUUAUGUCUUAUAGUAAGACUUAAAUUGUACGUGUAGCGGUUUCCUCAUGUUUUUGUUCAGGAAACUGCUUUGCUACAAUGAGUAUGUACAGAACAAAUGGAAACCGAAGCGUUCAUAAGCUGAGAUUUAAAGCAAUCGUUGGUCUGGAAAUACCAUUUCCGACACUUCUCUUCAGUGUUUUUUUGCUUUAUAUUCCAGAUAUCCCAGAUGUUUGGGUUUGUAUUUUCUGAAGUGUCUGAGGCACUUGGUUGAUCCUCAAAAGCUCCUGUGCCUCUGACAGAAGAUUCACCACUGUUUUACCCAUACAGUAGUUAUGGGUUGCCUUGUAUUAACAAAUCUGACUUUCUAUUCUCAUAAUUACUUUCUGGGUGUGUGUUCUCAUUUGCAGUUAAAUGUUCUUGUUUUACACAACCCAACAUUAGACGUUACAAAGCAAAUGAAAAGUAUUGUAAUAUGAAGACUCAACCUCCCACUUAAUGUUUCUUGGGAUAAAAAUAUUCAGGUGCACAAGAAUAGAUUUUUUUUUUUUAAUUUUGUUUUAUCCUCAAUAUGUGACCCUCUAGCCUGAAGGCUAUUGUUUUUGAAGCACUGUUUGUCAGUUUCUAAAUUCCAAAGUUUGUCCAAAAUACGAAUUGGGGUAAAAAUCACCCGAGAUGACAUGGGUAUUGAUUUAAAGAAGCACUUUACUGUACCAUGUGGCUGACUGCAGUUCACUCGAAGCUAAAUUUAUGACUGUUGUUGCAGAUUUUUGUAUUGUUUUGUACAAAACAAACCGACAAAACGCAAUAAAAUGCUUUAAACAUGGA